CAAAGAUGGCGUUCAGACUUCAGACGACUUGGCGGAACGCGACCUAGCCCAGGGCGGGGGUGGCCUCGGUGGUGCGAUGUGAGAGCGGGCCCCCUACCUUUUGCAUUAUUUUUAGUUUCGCUCAACUUUUUUAUUUUCAAACUGAAUCAACGUUCGUACUCUUAAGCACGAACAGUUUCUCGAAAAUGAUGAACUUACCCUUGUAACAGCCGUGGAUGGGAAAGGAGUGCCUUUGGUUUUUUAUACUAGUUGCAGCCUCAAUUUUGUUUGCUAUGGCUUGGAGGUCGCAUGGGAAGACGAAUGCAGACCUAGUUAGGAACUUGCGAGCAAACAAUAUCAUAAAAAGUGAUGUUAUUGAGAGAACUAUGCUGGCAGUGGACCGUGGGAAAUAUUCCAAAUCAAAUCCGUAUAUGGAUGCCCCCCAGGGCAUCGGCUACGGUGUCACCAUUAGUGCUCCGCACAUGCAUGCCUACGCACUCGAACAGUUGAAAGACCAUCUACGAGAAGGAAACAAGGCGCUAGAUGUUGGUUCUGGCUCAGGAUAUCUCACUGUCUGCAUGACUCUCCUUGUUGGGGAGAGGGGGCGAGUUGUAGGCAUUGAUCAUAUUCCUGAGCUAGUAGAAUUCUCCCGGAAAAAUGUUCUGUCUGACAAACCUGAGCUACUUAAUACUGGACGUCUCAAAUUAAUCGCCGGAGAUGGCCGUGCAGGUUACCCUGAAGACGCUCCCUUUGAUGCCAUACAUGUAGGAGCUGCAGCUCCAGUGGUCCCACAAGCUCUGAUCCAGCAGUUAAAGCCUGGUGGUCGUUUAGUUGUACCUGUUGGACCAGAGGGAGGCAGCCAAACCCUGGAGCAAUUUGACAAGUCAAGUGAUGGGUCGAUUGUUCAGAAGACACUAAUGGGUGUGGUGUAUGUUCCUCUCACAGACCGAAAUCACCAGUGUCCACCCAACUCCCAGCGAUAAUUUUGAUAAUCUCAGGAUUGAUAAUACCUCAAAUUUCUGCUUCAAUUUGGACUGUUUGUGUACAGAUAGAAAUACAGUCCAAAUAUUAAGUUCAUUUUAUUUUUGGCUUCCACAAUUUUAUCUGUUAGGUCUGAAGAAGUCUAUUUUGAGAAUUGACUCCAGUGAUGUUCAAUCAUCUCUUCCAUUAAGAGAUAAUCUUUGUUUGUGAGAUGUUCAUAAUUUUCAACAUUAGACUUACUAGUCCUUGAGUACUAUUACAAUAGCUUUUUAAGAACACA